AGGAAUAUCCCUGAAAGGAUGCUUCAAAACUCCAGACUGGAGCCAGGCAGCGCGUGUGUCUGAGCUGGAGCUGAACGGAUCUACGAAUCUGUCCGGACUAGGCACUGGGACACAUUUUGAUUCUGCAGAACAAAACCCAGAUCUGAGAAGCGUUCUGGUUUUACCUGCUCACUGGAAACAUUUAACCAGGGCUGUCUGCAGCUCAGUGCGCUGCUGAGGGGGAGCCCAUUUGGAGAGGGAAGCGUUUAGAGAACACCUCUCCAGCGCUGAUUGGUUUUUUGUCUGAGGCUAAACUUUCAAAGCGGCGCCAUGGCACCGUUCAUUGAGCCUUUUUUGUUCUUUUUGGUAAUCUUCAAUCCACUUAUCACCAACUCUUUCACGGAAGAAAUUGAGGUUUUGGUGUUUUUGCCACAAAAUGGCUCUUUCCUGUUUUCUCAUCCAAGAGUCGCACCAGCGAUCCGUUACGCACAGGACAGACUGAAGGCAGAAUACCCAGGUUUCCACUUCAACAUCCACUUUGAGAACUCCGACUCAGCCAACCACGCUUUGUUCACGCUGGCGGACAGGUCGUGUAGCCUGAAACCGGACCUUAUCCUCGGUCCAGUACGUGAGUACGAGGCGGCAGGUGUGGUGAGGCUGGCAUCCCACUGGAAAAUCCCGGUGAUAUCUGCAGGUGCUUUGGCCACCGCCUUCAAGAACAAGGAGACGGAGUACUCUCACCUGACUCGGAUCGCCCCGUCCUACGUUAAAAUGGCAGAGACCUUCACAGCGAUGUUCGAGCACUUCACAUGGAAGAGCGCACUGCUGCUGAUCGAAGACGACAUGAAGGAGCGGGAUUGUUACUUCACUUUGGAGGGAGUCUACCAUUUAAUGGACGACUAUAAUGUGGAAGUUGAAAUAAUCCAUGAACAGACCCCUUUCAAUAUAGAAGAAAAAUUCAAGAAUAUUCAGGACAUGGAAGUGGUGAUCAUGUGCGCUGGAGCAGACAGGAUUCGAGAAAUCAUGCUUGCAGCACACAAGCAGCAGCUGACCAAUGGCAGUUAUAUGUUUUUUAAUGUUAAUCUCUUCAAUGCCUCUUCGUAUGGCAAUGGCUCUUGGAAGAGGGAGGAUGAGUUUGACGACGAUGCCAGACAAGCCUAUGCCUCCCUAAACACAGUGACACUACUCAGAACAGUCAAGCCAGAGUAUGAGAACUUCUCCAUGGAGAUGAAAAGAUCCAUAGAGGGACUUGGCCUUCACGACUGCAAUGACUGUGGAAAUGUUAACAUGUUUGUUGAAGGAUUCCAUGAUGCCAUGGUGCUAUAUUCCAUUGCGUUACAUGAAGGCAUGAAGAAUGGAUACUCAAAGACAAACGGUACUGAGAUAACCUCACACAUGUGGAACAGAACUUUUGAAGGAAUUGCUGGCCAGGUAUCCAUAGAUGUCAAUGGUGAUAGAGUCGGCGAUUUCUCUUUGAUGGCUAUGACCAACAUUGAAGCAGGUAGCUAUGAGGUGGUAGUCAACUACUUUGGGGAAAAUAAAACUUUUCAGCUGUUGCCUGCCUUCAACACUGAUCGUUUCACUCUGAAAAGAAGAAAGGAAGUCCCAAAAAAAGAAAAAGAAGUGGAAAAUCAUUCAUGUGGACUGGGAGUAUCAGCCUUAACUGGAGUCACGGUUGGAGCUGUUCUUGGAGCUCUAAUGCUGAUAGCAUUCUACUUUUUCAGACAAUCUGCAACAGCUGAGAGUCUGGGAGUUUCAACACCAAAACCUCAAGCUUCAAAUUGAGCCGUCAACUGGACCAAGACGCCUUUCAAACAACUACAGUAGUUAACGUGCUCUGUUGGUAGACAUUAUGGUUUAUUCUUAAUCUGUACAGACUGUCCUUGGUUGUCUUUGAAUACACAGCUUUAUGGUGUUUUCUUUUGUUAAUUGAUUAUAGUAAAUAUUUGAACAUCUAUGUAAGUUUUAAGACAUUUCAUUGUUAACUUUAGGUUGCUGUGAAACCACCCAUGUUGAUCUGAACCUAUUUUGUUAAAGAUUCAACAGAUUUGUUGCAAUCUUAAAUAUUUAAUCUGUCCUUUCUGCAAUGAGGUGAACAUUAAAGUUAAUUCAGGAAACACUUUUGUCAUCUUCUUUCUACAUUAUAAAUCGAAUGAUGCCUCUAUUAAAAUCAUAUAUUUGUGACAUCAAACUUUUUUCUGCCAUAAAGCAGUGGUCAAACUAUGGGUAAAUGUUUGUAAUUCACUUUCAACAAAUGGAAACCAAAAAGGUUUUAAAGUAAAAACACUGUGAAUACUCCUCGUCUACCUCAACACAGGUAAAGUUUCCACUGUAUAUAAGUAAAUGUGAUUAUAAUUGAGUGAAAAUUGUACAGCAGGGCUUUAGCUCCAGUUCAGGAGGGUCAGUGUCCUCCACCCUUUAGAUGUCUCUUCUUUAACGCACCUGAGUCAAAUCAUGAGGUCAGAGGUCAUUAGCACGACUCUGGAGAACUUGACUCCU